CGGUUCUUCAGGUGCGAGAAGGAUGAUAGUUGCUGUUAAUAAGAUGGACCAUCCUGAGGUCAAUUUCUCGCAAGCACGGUAUGAUGAAAUUUGCGCCCAAGUCACGAAGCAUCUGUGUAAUCUUGGAUACGAUCUAGACCGAAUUGAAACUCUCCCUAUUUCGGCACUCACGGGUUACAACCUCUUCGAAAGGGGGUCGGCUGAUUCUACUAUGAAGGGAAACGCUUUGGCAGCGUG